GUGUGUGCUUGUGCAUGUGUCCCGUACUAGGAAAUUAAGUGAUCAAAACGCAACGGAAUAUAUCAGAUGACAAUUGAACUGCGGGGACUAUUCUAAAGGACGAUGGUUGAUUCGCAUGACCCCGAGUCUGCAGAAUCCUGCAGCUUAACGGAGGAUGAUGUAGAGCCGAAGUUGAAGUAUGUUCGCCUAUCGAACGACAUCAAGAAUAUUCUCAGCGAGGAAGCGAUCAGCUGCAUCGCGGUACAUCCGAGGUUUCUCUGCCUGGGAACGCACUGGGGUCGCAUACACAUGCUGGACCAUCAGGGCAACUGUGUGCAUACGGUUAUCAACGGUAAAGAGAACACGCACAUUCUUUCGGUCAACAAAAUCUCGGUCGACAGCCGGGGCGAACAGAUAGCGACCUGUUCCGAUGAUGGUAAAGUGAUAAUAAGCGGUUUGUACACGGACGAAAACAAUCAGGUGCUUUCGACGGGGAAAAUUAUCAAGGCGGUUGAACUGGAUCCGAAUCACAAUCGUUCCGGUUCGGGUCGAAGAUUUAUCAUAGGAGAUAACAAAUUGGUACUGUACGAGAAAACGUUCCUAAAGGGCUUAAAGUCAACGAUUCUCAGCGAUUCCGAGGGUCAGGUAACGGCGAUUAAAUGGAACGGCCAGUUUGUGGCGUGGGCUAGCUCGCUUGGCAUACACGUGUACGAUCUGAAUGAAAAGUGCUCACUAGGCUUCAUCCAAUGGGAGGAACCAAAGGAUGGAAAAUUAACAGACUUUCGAUGUAACUUAAACUGGUCCAACGCAACCACACUACUGAUCGGAUGGGUAGACACGGUGCGAAUAUGUGUGAUAAGAAAACGGAACGCGAUCGAAGUCUCCACCAGGAACCUUCCCGUGCAUAUAGUCGAUCCGAUGUCCACCUUCCAGACAGAUUUCUUCAUCUGUGGCAUUGCACCGCUCGAAACAAAUCAGCUAGUCGUGUUAGGAUAUUCGAAGGAGCGUGAUUCUGAAACGAACAAAGCACUGAGGCCUAUUCUGUGCGUGUUGCAGUACAAUGCAAGUGAUUAUGUAGAAAUCUGCACCGACAGUUUAUCGAUGCGAGGAUACGAGGAGUACAAGUGUGACGACUAUCAUCUGGACUGUUUGAUCGACGAGAACCAGUAUUUUAUCGUUUCGCCCAAGGACGUGGUGGUAGCAAAUCUGUACGAAACCGACGAUCGUGUCCAGUGGCUCAUAGAGCAUGGAAAAUUCGAGCAAGCGAUGGACGUGAUAGCAACGCACGGUGGCAAAUACUCGCUCAUAACUGUUGCAAGGCUCUACCUGGACCACCUACUCUCCCUGCAACAGUUCGAUGAAGCGGCCCGUCUCUGUCAGCGUGUUUUCGGCACGGACAAACAGCUCUGGGAGGAGGAGGUGUACAAAUUUGUGAAAGUCAAGCAACUACGCGCGGUCAGCAGUUACAUACCGAUAACGGACGCAUGCAAACUGAACCCGCACGUGUACGAGAUGGUACUGUACGAGUAUUUGCAGCUCGAUCCGCAAGGAUUUCUGCAGCUGGUAAAGGAAUGGCCACCACGCUUGUACAAUACGAAGGCGGUAAUAAAUGCGGUAAAUGAUCAUUUCAACAAGAAGGAUGCAAACAUACUGCUGGAAGCGCUUGCGAUACUGUACACGCACGAGAAAGAGUUUGAUCGUGCACUGACGAUGUAUUUGAAAUUGCAGCACAAGGAUGUGUUUGAGCUGAUCACCACGUACGAUCUGUACGGCAUGGUGAAGGAUUGCAUCGUACAGCUGAUCGAGCUAGACAGUGAGCGUGCGAUCGCAAUGCUGCUUAAGGAUAACAUCCCCGCCGAAGACGUUGUGCGCGAGCUAGAGCAAUGCGAACAGUAUCUCUACCGAUAUCUUGACGCGUACGAUAAGGUGAAAAGUAAUGAAAAGUUCCACUGGCGGUUGGUGAACCUGUACGCACGGUACGAGCCGGAAAAGUUACUGUCCUUUCUGAAGCGCUCCAACAGCUACCCGAUCCAGGAAGCGUACGACAUCUGUCAGGGAUUGAACUUCUACCCCGAGAUGGUGUAUCUGCUCGAUAAGAUGGGUAGCACGCGGGAAGCACUCACGAUCAUCAUGCACAACCUGCAGGACGUACAGAUGGCGAUCGAUUUUUGCAAAGAGCACGACGAUAUGGACCUGUGGAACGAUUUGAUCAACGAAUCGGUCGACAAACCGCACGUAAUGACGAAGCUGCUGAACAGCAUUGCCGGCUUUAUCAAUCCGGAGCUGCUGGUGGACAAAAUUAAACCGGGACAGGAUAUCGAGGGAUUAAAGGAGUCCGUUAUAAAGAUGCUGUGCGGGUACAGUUUGCAGGUGUCGAUACAGGAGGGCUGCAAUCAGAUACUGGGCGCAGACUAUUUCGACAUGCACGAACGGUUGGUGCGUGUCCAACAGGGUGCACUGUACGUAACGACCGAUCAUGUGUGUGGCGUGUGUCGGCGGGAUCUUAUCGUAAAAGAUAGCAUGAAGACGGACAUCGUAAUGUUUAACUGUAAACACUGCUUCCACGAACCGUGUCUGCUGGACAAGUAUAAUUUAGACAUCUGCAUAGUUUGUAACUCUAAAAAGUUGGGAAGCUCGGGAACAGCCGUUUUUUUAAAUCAUCUUUACGCUCAUCCUUCGAUAGCUUCCGUUCAAAUCAUGACCCAGCAAGGUCCGGCAUUCGACUCCAACUGCAUGACGCUAACGCGUUUCGUGCUGCAGGAGCAGAAAAAGUACAAACAUGCUACCGGCGAUCUGUCCCAGCUGCUUAACUGCAUCCAGACAGCGAUCAAGGCGAUCAGUUCCGCCGUACGGAAGGCAGGCAUUGCGAAGCUACAAGGAAUCUCCGGUGAUACAAAUGUACAAGGCGAGCAGGUGAAAAAGUUGGACGUGCUUUCGAACGAAAUUUUCAUCAACAUGCUCAAAUCAUCGUAUGCCACGUGUUUGCUGGUGUCGGAGGAGAACGACAAUGUGAUCGAGAUUGAGACGGACAAGCGGGGUAAAUACGUCGUUUCGUUCGAUCCGCUCGAUGGUUCCUCCAACAUUGAUUGUCUGGUGUCGAUCGGUUCUAUUUUUGCCAUUACCAAGCGAGUUAACGAUAACACGGACCCAACGGAACAGGAUGCUCUCCAGCCGGGCAAUAAGAUUGUGGCCGCCGGUUACGCACUGUACGGAUCCGCCACGAUGAUUGUGAUCAGCUUGGGCAACGGUGUGCACGGCUUCAUGUACGAUCCAUCGAUUGGUGAAUUUGUGCUGACCGAUUACAAUAUGCGCAUUCCCGAGCGGGGCAACAUUUACUCCAUCAACGAAGGUUAUGCGUCGACGUGGGAUGCAUCGGUAUUGAACUAUGUGCAGGAUAAGAAGGAUCCGGCUAAGGGCAAACCGUACGGUGCUCGGUACGUGGGCAGUAUGGUGGCGGAUGUUCAUCGAACGAUCAAGUAUGGUGGUAUCUUCAUCUAUCCGGCAACGGCUGCAGCGAAGAACGGUAAACUGCGCCUUCUGUAUGAGUGCAAUCCGAUGGCUUUCCUGGUAACGCAGGCCGGUGGUAAAGCUUACGUUACUAAGGGCAAGGAGAUUCUAGAUGUUGUACCGACGUCCAUCCAUCAGCGAUCACCGAUCUAUCUUGGUUCGAAGCUCGAUGUGGAGGAAGCGAUCAGUUACAUCAAGUAGGCCUUU